AUGGAGACUGAAAGGUCCGCACAUAAUAAAGUGCAUAUUCAGUCUGGUAAUGCUUCAAGGAAAACUGAGGGAUUUAUACAACACAGCAUCAAUGCCAAUCGACAAAAGAAUGGGACAUCGGUACAACAUUCUGAAAGCUUCACCACUUCUGCUCGAAGAACUGCUGGUGGCUUUCCACCAGCACCUACAAUGAAGCUGCACCUAGAAAAGAGGGGGUUGGACAGUGAAUCAGUAACAAGGUGGAAGGGUGCUGCAAGGAGGCCUUUCACCUACUAUGGACAAGGAAAAGGAACAAAUCAUGUUUCAUCGGAGGAAACUUUGAUGCAUGCCUCAUUUUCAGUUCCCUGCUUAGAGUGGUUCCAACAUGUUCUAUCUACCUUGGAGGAUGCCGUGACCGAUGCGCCGAAAGCGACCAAGUUCCUGGGCCAAAUAUUUGCUAGAGUCGUACUGGAAGACGAGAUCUCGCUGACGGAGGGAGGAGGGCUCCUGCAGGAGUGGGAUGGCAGGGAAGAGCCAGCAGGACAGCAUGCCCUUGAGGACAACCUCGCAUCCGAGGAUCUGGGGAGCAUGCUGGAGUCCAUCAGAGUGGAGAGGGACAAAUAUUCAUUGAUGUGCUUUCAAUUCCCUGUUGGACGUAUCCACCGUCAGUUGAAGCAGAGGACUCAGGCAAAUGGUCGUGUUGGUGCCACUGUAGCCGUCUACUCAGCUGCCAUCCUGGAGUACUUGACUGCCGAGGUUCUGGAGCUGGCUGGGAAUGCUAGCAAGGAUCUGAAGGUGAAGCGUAUCACCCCUUGCCAUUUGCAGCUAGCCAUUCAUGGAGACGAGGAGCUGUACACCCUCAUCAAGGGCACCAUCGUAGGCGGAGGUAUCAUACCGCACAUUCACAAGUCCCUGAUCAACAAGUCAUCCAAGGAGUGAAGAUUAGGGGAUGUGCAUCUUUAGUUUAAACUGGACUUCUGUGCGCUCCUGGGCGAGUCC